UGACACAAGGGUUAACCCAGUGUAUCGAUAACUCGCCAGUGAAAAGGCUCAUUUACAAUCGAUUGUUUUAAUGCUCCAAUCUGGGAUCAAGUCUAGUCGUGUAUUUUUAGCUCUAUUUCGCCAAAGCGAUCGUUGUUUAUGUUGUAAAGUUUUAAAUUGUCAAGUUAACGAAUACGGGAAACCCAGAGGCAAGCCAGGAUCGGAAGAAAUCGACUCGGAUCGGCGGAGGAUCGAUGACACAUCCAUCGGGGCAAAGAUACAAAGUCUAAAAGCGAAUUACGAAAUUACGGGAGCACCACGUAGCCCCAAGAUGCCCAUAGAUACGCGCGAGCUGAUGGAGGCGAUAGCCAUUGUGGCGGACGAGCGCCAGGUGCGCGUCGCCGUGAAGCAGUCGGGGAAGGGGGCCGCCAUCUGCGCCGCCUGCUCCUUUGCGGGCGGCAUGCUCCUGGGUCCCGUGGGCCUGGCGGUGGGCGGGGCAGCGGGCGGUAUUGCCGCCUACAAGAUGACCAGCGGCACAUUCCGCCCACUGGGCGAGGUCAUCCUGAACGACCUGACCGACGGGCAGCGCGAGCAGCUGGUUCAGCACGUCUCCAAGGCGGUGGCCGAGAUCCAUCCCAGCGAUGUGGUGAUGCUGCUGCCCCUCAUCGUCCAGAACGCCUCCAUCCAGCAGGCGGUGCUCAAUACGGUCAUGUCCUUCGUGACCAACGAGCUGCGCAUGCAGAUUGUCGACUGACCGGGUAAUUGGGACUCUAGAGCUGCUCUUGUGAUCUGUGUAGGUUUAUUAAUAAAUACUCUAUAUGUACAUAAAUAUA